CUAAAGAGAGAAUUGGUCAAAUGCAUUUCCUUCAUUAGAGACAUUGCAUUUUGAGGAUAUGCCAGAAUGGAAAGAGUGGAAGGCAUGUGAAGUUGAUGAGCAAGGACGAAAAUUCCAUUGCCUCCGAGAUCUCCUUAUUGUGGGUUGUUCCAAAUUGAUAGGGCCAUUGCCGGAGUACCUUCCUUCAUUGGAAAAACUUGAGAUUGGUAAUUGCCAAAAAUUGGUAGUUUCAAUUUCAAAUCUUCCAAAGCUAUGUGAAUUAAAAAUUGAUGGGUGUGAAAAAGUAGUCUUGGGAGUUGUAUGGAUCUUUGGUCGGUAAAAAAAUCACCCUUUCCAACAUUUCAAAAUUUGCAUGUGUAACAAGGGAAAGGAUGUCGACGUUCCAGUGGAUGAAAGUAGAAGAUCUCAAUGUUAAAGGUUGUGAGGAAUUGGUUUCUUUGUGGCGAACAGAGUGGGGUUCGUUGGUUCCUUUGAGAUCUCUUCGUAAUUUAGUGCUUGAAAAUUGUUCACAGGCUGCUUCUAUAGGGGCAACGGAAGAGGCGGAAAAGGCAGAGAUUUUGCAAUUAGACAUACACUGCAACAUUGAACAUUUGAGAAUAGAAUAUUGUGAAGGCUUCCAGAAGUUAUCAAAAAACCUCAAGUGUCUUAGAAAGUUAGAGAUUGGGAAGUGCCCAAAUUUGGUUUCACUUUUAGCGGAUAACUUGCCCUCAACCCUUAAAUGCUUGGUGAUUAGUGAAUGUGAGAAUUUGCAGUACUUAUUGGAAGAUGGGGAGAACAUCAAUUUCAGCAGCACAUCUCUCCUUGAAUUUCUUGAAAUUCAUGGAUGUGAAGCUCUCAAAUCAUUAUCAUCAAGCAGUAAGUUACCCGUCGGACUUAAAACGUUGGUGAUCAGUAACUGUCCAGAGCUGAAAUUUGUAGCACAAGAAAUUGGGGAUAAUACUUGUCUUGAAUCAAGUCUUGUCAUAAUAUUCAGUAUUUACCCCAAGGAAUGGAAAAGCUUAAAUCUCUGA